GCUGUUCCUUGCAUCUAAAUGUAAACAAAUAAUUAUGGACUUUUGAAGAAAGUUAAUUUCUUUUAGUUUUAUUUUGCAUUUGUCUACACUUUACAUUGUCUAAAAUAAUAAUAAUCAAGUGAAAAAUGGCUAGUGACUGGGUGUGUGUGCCUCGUCUAUAUGAAGUGACUAAAAAUCAAUUACAAAGUUAUCAAACUUAUGAGCAUCCUCUUAAAUUGCCCACUGUAACAAUGGUGGAAAGUAAAGGUACUCGGCCCUCGAGUAUGGGCAGCAAUACUAGUAGCCGGUCAUCAAGUAUGUCGAUAUUGGCAGAACCGUUAUUGCAGACUUUAGAUGGUAUAGAUCCUUUAACACAAUUUGCCAAACAGGAAGAGGAAUUAAUGGAUCCACUGUCGCAAAUGGCUUCGGAAUAUGAAUCGUUUAAAAAAAUCAAAGCAAAUAAACGUGAAAAAGAUAUUUUGGCUGAUGAGUCCUUAAAUUGGAACUCCAAACGUUUGACGAUAUUAAAUAAAUUUACAACUUCAGAAAAACUAUCGAUAUCCACAAGUUUUCUAACUACUUCAACACAAACUCAUCCCGGAACAGAUGCUACAUUUAAACAAACAGUUAAAGUUCAAACCGUAGUCUCCGAUAAGGUAAGAUUUCGUUUAGAGCAAUUAGAUGACUUUGAGGAUGGUUCCAUGCGUCAUAUGAUGGAUUUGACACAACAGGAGUAUAUACAACGUAUUGAACAAUUAAAUCAAGAGCUAGUGCAAUCUUGGCAUAAUGAUCAGCGUGUUAAGGCUUUAAAAAUUGCCAUACAAUGCUCAAAGAUUUUGGCAGACACCUCAGUAUUGCCCUUCUAUCCCAGUCAAUUUGUUUUGAUAACUGAUAUUUUGGAUAUUUUUGGUAAAUUAGUUUAUGAAAGAUUAAAACAGAAAACUCUAUCGGGACCGGAUUCCAUGCGUGCUGUAAAUGUCGCAAGUGCUCGUGAUACUUGUCUUAAUUGGUUUUUUAAAAUAGCUUCUAUACGGGAACUUUUGCCUAGAUUAUAUGUUGAAAUCGCAAUUUUAAAAUGUUACGAAUUCUUAAAUGAAAGCUAUGAUGAUGCCUUACAACGUUUAACCCAAAUGAUACGUGGCAUUGGAGAUCCUUUAGUGGCUACUUAUGCUCGCUGCUAUUUGGUGCGUGUUGGCGUAUUGGUAACUACCAAUAAAACUUAUAUACACAAUAAUUUUAAAGAUUUUUUGUCUGUUUAUCAAACGGCUUUUAGUGGAGCCAUACGUUCUGAACUAAAUCGCCAAAGAGUAGAUAUGUCUGUCUACUUGUCUCUGUAUGGCCCGGCUCUCAAUUUUAUACUACAAGCUCUAGUGCACAAAAACAAUCUUUAUACGGAGGACAUUUUAAAAGAUGUACAAAAUGUUAAAAAUAAUGGCACCAUAUUAAUGGCAAUUUUACAAGCCUUUCAACCCGAAUUUAUAGCUUCGAAUGCUUUUGACUUUGUUAAUGUUUUGACUUCAUCUAAUACAGAGGGCAUAUCAAAAUCUCAACUUUUUAAGACUUUAGGUUCAAGCAUGAGCAGUUGUAAUCCUUUAUUCGAACAGCGUAAUGCCUUUUUAGUGGAAGCCUUUAAAACUAUAAACACAUUUACAGAUCCUAGUGAAUAUAUAACCUGUGUUGAGUCAUGGGCUCAAUUUAUAGCCUCUAAUUUUCCGGUCACCGAGCUUAAUCGUUUCUUGGGCGAAAUACACUCGCGUAUUGCUGCCACUAAAGUUGGUGAAAAGCAUCAUCAACAAUUGCGUAAUAUUUUGGAUAAAGUGCUGCAACAUCAGAAAAAUAUUGAACUGCUGUUGGUUCAGGAAAAUUUUUUGCCAUUUUUAGAUUUAUUUCAAAAAGAAUCGUCCAAAGUUGAAGCUGGUAAAUAUAUUUUAGAUAUUUACAAACGCAAUGGCAAAGAGUUCACCUACGAUGCUGUGGUCAUAAAUGCCUUAAUGUAUGUUGGUAAAAUUCUCAAUGAUUCUGUAAACGCCCUUACCGUUGAAGACGAACGCCGUCAAAUUUCCCAAUUAAUCUGCCACUUUAUACGAAAAGUAUACUAUGGUCGAGAUUUCGAAAAGCAACUCAGUUUCUAUGUAGAAGCUCGUGGUUCUUUUUCCAAUCUAGACGCAGUCUACAAUACUCUCGUACAAAGUGUCAAUAAAUUGGCAAUGGAAACUUGUCAAAUUGUUCAGAAUCAACAUUCACGUAAGACGCAGGGUUUUGUUAAGGCCUGCAUAGCGUUUUGUUUCAUCACCAUACCCAGUAUAACAUCGGUACAACAACAAAUGGACUUGUAUCUAUUAACCGGACAAGUGGCCUUAGUUAAUCAGUGUUUGGGUCAAGCAGAUGCUUGUUUCGAAGAGGCCUUAAACUUGGUUGCCCAAUUACCCAAUUCUAUAGAAAUUGAUGGCAAAACCAAGUGUAUGGAUUCAUAUCUGGUUUCAUAUCUUAGUAAUAUGUUGGCAACAUUAGUACUAGUGCCUGAUAGUCCGGAACGGGGGGUUUUAUAUUUGUUAAAUCUUCUACUGGAAGUUGUGCAAAAAUAUCCAUUCGCUUUGAAUACGGCUGGACCGACACAAAUUUAUCUGAAUGCUUUAGAUAUGUUGUAUGUACAAAAUUUGGAGGAGUUUCCCUAUCAUAUACCGCAAGUGGUUUCCAAUGAUGAACUCUAUGGACAUGAUCCCAAAUUUCUGGCCGAAGUUAAUAAUAUUUGUAGAUUUGUGGUAGAAGAAAUAUUAAGACAACUUAGCAUUUUGGGUUCUUCGCAACAAUUUAAACUACAGGCCACUUUAUCUUUAGAAUUAUUUUUAAGAAUUGUACGCUAUGCCGAUUUGUCUAAAGAGCAAACUUUCCAACUGGCUUUAAAUCUAUGGUUUUUAGCCACAAAACAUGAGUCACAUUUGGAGCCAAAAUAUAUGCCACGCAUUUUAAAAUCCUUAGAAGAUCUUUAUAAACUACUAAAGGAUACAAAAUCAAAAGAUGCCAAUUAUUUAAAAGAAUUACUUUUACGUUUACAUGGUAAAUAAGUUGCACUUUAGAUAAAGAUAUUAAAUAUUUUAACUUAGUGCUGUUAGUAGUUAGAGCAAGUUAUUUAAAGUAUGAUUCAGUAAAACAUGUUUUAAAUUGAAUAAAACUAACUUUGAAGGAUUACUACAUAUGUCUAUGUAUUGCUGAAUCUAUUCUUAUGUUAAAAAGGCCAAGUUAAAGCAAUAGUAUUUUAAUACUUUACAGUCUAUUUCUCUUCUAAUAAUAAAUAAUUUACUCUAGGAGAAACUGAUUUAAUUUUUAAGUAUGCACUAUUUUAUAAUCUUAAUAAAUUAAAAAUUCAAGAUUUUUUAACCCUUUAUAAAUGAUAUACAUAGUGUGUUCAUAUGUUUAUAUGAGUAUUGUAUUUAAUACGCUAAAUUUAUAUUAGUUAUAAAAUAUUUAUUAAAUAUAUGAUUUACCAUAUUUUAUUCACAAGAACUAAAA